UAGACUGAGUAAGGCACUAAAGUUAUCAUGUAAUAUUUAUUAUACGAGGAAUCUAUCUGUACAUUCGUAUAUUGUGUUGUAUUUGCGUACAAAUUCAAAGUGCUUUCGUUAUAGAAGUAAAUGUAAAAUUCUAUUAUGACAUAAUAUCCGUGAUACCAACUAGUUUUUUGUAAUCGAAAAUGAUUCGUAAACUUUUUCCAAAAGUGGUCAAAUAUGGGUUAGUCAGUGGUGUAGCAAUAGGUAGUGCUGCGUAUGCUUUGAAUUAUGAUUACAAUAGUAAUGUGUUGGUGAGGAUUUCAAGGACAUCAGUAACUGCUAUAGAUAUCGGCAAGACCUAUAAUGAUAUGUUGUACAGUAAAGAAUGGGAUAAGGAAUCGAAGGAAUACAAUCAAAUGAAAAGUGCAGCCCACCUUAUAUGCGCGGAGAAAUUGUUGGAGCUCUGCAAAGCUAACAAAGGUGUUUAUAUUAAGGUUGGGCAGCAUGUUGGAGCAUUAGAAUACUUAUUACCCACUGAAUAUGUCACCACUAUGCGUGUCUUGCAUAAAGAUGCGCCGCAGAACACUGUAGAAGAACUGUAUAAAGUUAUUAAAGAAGACUUAAAUAAAGAUCCUGACACUUUAUUUGACGAAUUUGAGGAGAAACCACUAGGAACGGCCUCACUAGCUCAAGUACAUAAAGCCAAACUAAAAGAUGGAACACAAGUUGCUGUCAAAGUUCAGCACCAUUUUGUGAAAAAGCACAUUGAAAUAGACAUCAUAUGGAUGGAAUUUGUUUUAAGAAUGAUGAUGAAAGUAUUUCCAGAUUUUGAACUUACUUGGCUCAUAGAUGAAACAAAGAGGAAUAUUGCUAAAGAAUUGGACUUUUUACAAGAAGGCAGAAAUGCUGAAAAAGUUUCCAAAAUGUUCAGCCAUUACAAAUGGCUGAAGGUUCCAAAGAUAUAUUGGGAUUUCAGCACUUCAAGGGUUUUGGUUAUGGAUUAUGUGGAAGGGGGCUAUGUUAAUGAUCUAAAAUAUAUUGAUAAUCACAAGAUAGACCGCGCAGAUUUGUGCCGGAAGCUAGGUGACCUGUACUCCCAUAUGAUCUUCAUCAGUGGGUUUGUGCACAGUGACCCGCACCCUGGCAACAUUUUGCUGAGGAAAGAGCCUGGCGAAAAGGAAACUACCAUGUAUCUGCUGGAUCACGGUUUGUAUGCUAAUCUCACAGAUAAGUUCCGGUACCACUACUCAAAGCUGUGGCUGGCCAUAAUUGCGCGGGACCGCGAGGAAAUGCGGCUGCACUCCGAAGCCCUGGGGAUUCGGAGCCAGCUGUACGGGCUGUUCGCGUGCAUCGUCACCGGUCGCCCGUGGGAGUCGAUCAUGAAAGGCAUCGAUAAUACCAAGCCGUCUAGCAGUGAGAAAGCAGUAUUCCAAAACGAGCUACCGAACUUCGCGCACUACAUAACGCAAUGUUUAGAGCACGUCGACCGGCAGGCUCUGCUAGUACUAAAAACCAAUGACUUGAUCCGGAGCAUUGAGUAUGCAGUCGGUAUGGAGGAGCGGAUGUGCGGAUUUUUAGUUAUGACGAAAUGCUGUAUGGAGAGCGUCUACAAGCAAGAAUACGAGAACGCCAAUUCAAUAUUGAGAAGGCAGUACCUCAGCCUGAAAUUUAGGUGGUCCAUACUGACUCUUUAUCUGUACUCCGUGUUUCUGUCUUUGAAAGAAAAGUUCACAUCACCCGGCGUGCGCGUUACAGUUCAUUCAACGGUCAACCAAACCUUAAUACAGUAAACGGAGUGAAAACUGCAAAAUGCGCUAAGAAAAGCGACCAACGCCAUCUAUUGAGAGCUAUCACUUUUGUAAUUUCGCUGUUACUCGUUAAGAUGUUUAUUAUGCUAGAGCUUAGUUAGACUAUAUUUUAGAACAGCGGUCGGCAACAAGCGGCCCGCGAACCUCUCACUUGCGGCCCGCGAGCCCUGCUGGCUAUUUUGUAUGUCAUAUUGUCAAACAACAAUGUCUGAUAAAGUCACACAUAUUAACAAAAGUGCGGCCCGCGUCAACUUCCUUAACUACUGUGUGGCCAUUGGCUGCUAAAAGGUUGCCGACCGCUGUUUAUAAUAUACGUGAAGUGAAAAGUCUGACCAUUCACCAAAUAGCCUCAUUUAUUCAGUUUGACAUUAACUUAUCAUUUUCUAUUGUAGCUUUAAAAACUAGCGUUAUUAAAUUAUUUUAUUAGUUAUACUAAACUCUAGCAAUUAUGAGUAAAGUGACGUUAUCUUGUUGUCUUUAUGAAAAUAUUAACUAACCAUUUUUAAGCCUUAUUAUAUUGGGAUAAGGUUUACAAAUCGUCUGAUUAAUUUGUCUUCGACUGUACAGGGCCUGUCCCUAGAAUUUACAGAAUCUACGAAAAAAAACAGUAUAUUAAUUUCUUUUGUUAUUAUACUGGCAGUUAGCUAGCUUUUUAUUAGAUUUCAUGCCGUUUUUGAGCACUUUUAUGAAAUAUUAGUGCAGACAAAACCAAUUCCUAGUCACGGGUAGUCCAUAUCAUACCUCAAUAAGGCUUAUAAUAGUUAUAAUUAAGAUAAGAGUGUGUACUGCAAAAGUACGUACCUUCUAAAAUGUAUAUUUUGAUAAUUGUAAGUAUAAAAUGACUAUGCGCUCAAAUCUACAAGUUAUUUUUGUAUUAUAACAUGUUUUAUAGACCGUUUUCAUGAAGUCCAAUGUUAAGUUAUUUAAAUAAAUUAUUUUAUUAAACAAGCUUUUAUUUCAA